GGGCAGGAUGGCGGCGCUACGGCACCUGCGGAGCGUGCCCGGACCACGACGGGACGCGUGCAGGCAGGCGCGGCCGGCAGGGUCGUGGAGCUGGAAGGUUGGGGCGGUCACGGGCCGUAGGCGUCUGCUCUGCUUGUGGGCCUGUGUGCAGGCGCUGCACCUGCUGCUGCAGCGGGGCUGGGGAGCCGGGGAUCGAGGCGCGGCCGUUCUGCGAGGCUGCCCCCCACACGUCCGUCACGCGUGCCGGCACGGCGGCAGGGCCUAUGGGUCCGCAGCUCGGUACUUAUUACGCGCGGUGCUGGCCGCGGAACCGGCCACAUAUGUGUGAAUGUCACUUACAUGUUGCUCUACUUCUCAGCUGUCAGGAGGGUUUAAAUCAGGUUGGAACUGAGGUGCUGAGUGUGCAGGAGAUGGGUAAAGUGAAAUCAGGGCUUUCUGCCUAUCACUGCUUGUCCAGUGCUAGUUUAAGUGCAGCUGUAGGUCUUUUGGGCAGGACACGUUUGUGAGUGUAUGAAGACACGCAGGCAGGGUUGUAAGGGCCAGGGAUGGAGCAGGAACUGUGAUGCCCUUGUUUCUGCCAUGUGGCUGCUGCCAGGAGAGAAGGAGCUUGAUGACUGUUCUGUGGCUUGGAAGAUUUUUCUGUGUGUGCUUCUGGGCUGAGGCAGAAAGGUGUUCCUGCCUUCCCAUUAGGUCCUGUUUUUGUUACUGCCAGAUGCUUUAGCUAAACCGUUGCCUCUGACCUCUUGCACCCGAGCAUUUCUGGUGGGCUCUGGGUAUCAGUGUAGCAGUCAGGUCCAUCAUAUUCAGGGGCAUUUUUUGGGAGGCACAGGUGUGGUGCAGGUGGCUCUGCUCUGCUAACAGUGGGUGAGCAGCAAGGAAGUAGGUUCCUGCAUGCGUGCUGGCCUUGAGGAUGCAGCCAGCUCUGCAGGUGUGGAUAAGGUCUAUCCCUAAUAGGAUUGCUCCCAGAAAGUCAUCACUGAGCACACAUUGCAGUGCUCAGGGAGCUUUGGAGAGGCUGGUGAAUGCACUGUGCCCUCAGCCCCAUUGAAAUCAGACUGCUGCUGUGUUUUUCUCUUUUUGUUGUGCUUGAUAAAGAAACAGAAGGCAUUGUAGCUGGUGGGGAGUGUGACUGCUCCUUCCACGGUGAAUGAAACAUUCUUUACAUUGUUUGUUGAGAAUGGGUUUGUUUCAAGGCUGGAAAACUGACUCAUAGCUGUUCUGGACAGUGUAGGUACAGGUGUGCUUGGAGACAGCCUUUCAUGUACUGUGCUGCUCUUUUUGCUGGUGUUAUGAUUCAGUGCCCUCUUCUCCCCCCAGUGUAAACAGUUACUGCCUUAAACCGUCUCUCAAUAGGACUGCAUGGCUGCAACUGUGUGACACCAAAACAUCGUGGCUUUAUAUCACAUAUGGGUCCCAUGACGAUGAGGGGGGAAUCUGGUGCCCUCUGCUUUCUCAUGGCUGCCUCAUGCACAGCUGACAUGCGUGGUGGUGGCUCCGCAUGGCAGCUCCACAUGGCUCUCUGUGUGUAUAAAGGGAACAGUGGGGAACUCUGCAGCCCCAUGGCUGUAGUGCAGCCAGAUCACUUGGUUGUCCCAUUUGGAGCAUGUGACUAUAGGUGCUUUUGGAGCUGCAGUUGGAGCAGGUCUAUCUCAGAUGUGCCAAAGUUAAUUCCUGACAUGGACUGUUAUCCUUGGAUUCAGUCCUUCCCUCUGCCAUCUAUUUUGCAAAGAUGGUGCUUUGCUCUGCUUCUGAGGGGGUCUUCCAGGGCUGGGCUCUUCACAGGCAGUAACUGUGAUUAGGAGAGCUCUGAAGUUUUGUACUAUUUCUGAACUCCUCAAAUGUUUUCUUUGAGUUUUUUAUGUCUCCAGGAAAAAUGGGAUCUCAUGCCACUGAUGCUGGAAGAAGGAUUUUGUAGUUUUUAAGAAAAUUAAACAUUUUGCAUCAGCAUUCAGGGAUGAGAGGCAUUUUCCCAGGUUUUGCUGUACAAAGAUAGCUUGAUACGAGUAUUGGUAAGGAAAGAUGUAAUUGCCAUGGUUUAGUAACACCUCUUGUAAGCCUUUGAUGCUUCCAAAUGUUGGAUCUUGUAAAAAUUCAAAUUAUUCUUUGAUUUAAAUGAGUUGAAAAGUCAUUUCUGAAGGUGUGUGACCAGGGUAAGUAUUAUUUAUGUGUGGAUGCUAAUCUACUAUGCCUCUCUAAAGUUUAAUUAAAGGCACAACUGUGAGGGAGUUUUUCACGAUGGCUUACUUUUGGAAAAAUGCAUGAAACAUGGGAGUGUAAGUUGGGUAGCAUGUGACGAUGGAGGCUAAAAGAUGACAACAAGAACUAGAGCAGAUCAGAAACCUCCCUGAUGUAUCCUUUAAAGGCUCUUAUUUUAGCAUGUACAUGUAAAUUCCUUUGCUAGGAGUUAGAGUUGAGAUCCUCCCUAAUGUGGUGUUGUUGCAUGCUUUGAGGCUGCUAUUCAUUGUACCUGAUGCUAUGUGUUGCCCUCAGUCAACUGAAAGGGAACAUGCCUGUCCAUUUGGGUGUCUGGAGGUAUGUGUGGAGCUGAUGACACUUCUGGCUGCUGUGCCUGCUUAUUCUCUCUCUGGAGCUCUGCCUCUCUGCUGUCUCCCUGUCUGUUUCUCUGAUGCUGAUCAAGUGUGUCUAGGCAGACUGGUGAAUGUUCACCAAGAAGCAUGGGAAAGUCCUGCUGGUCUCACCAGGUCUGGUGCUCAGGCAUGCGGUAGAUGUUAGCGUCAGCAUACAUGGAGCCUUGUGAGGCCCAGGGAUGCUGCUGCAGCUUCCAUGCAGAGAGCAGGCUGUCCUGUUGGUGAGGCAAUCUGGGCUGUCCUGCCCAGGCAUGCUGCUGCUGCUUCCAUGCAUAGACUGGGCUGUCCUGUUACUGAGGCAAUCUGGGCUGUCCUGCCCUGCAAAGUGCAGCGGGCAGAGCUGGGAGCAGGAGCAGACUUACGGAAGUGGCGUGAAUACAUAAACAGAAAGUUGUUUUCGAUCCUGUUAGCAUUUUUUUUUAAUGAGGGGGAUGGUGAGAGAAGUAAAAUGUGUUGGUUUGGGGUUGUUUUUCUUUGUUUGUUUUUGUUUGUUCCUGUGAGGGGCAUGCCUGCUGUUGGCAGCUCUGCGGUUCUGAGGUUACUGACAGUAAGUGUGUUAAAGCACAAAACAGCAGGCUUUACUGCAGGAACGUGUUCUUACAGUACUUAAGGGGAAACAAAACAGGUGGCAAAUUAACAGAAACUUGAACUGUAGCUGUGAGGAUGUAAGGAACUUUUCUGAGGACAGUAAAUGAAGAUAAUUGUGGCUCAAGUCUUGAGUUUGGCUCAAGUUUGUUAACGAUACAGAAAUAAUUGCAUCUUGCUGCCACCCUCUUCUUCCACAUUUCCUUUUCCCUCUGUUCAUGUACAGCACUGAACUCAUUAUCCAGUAGGCAUUUUCUGCAUUGAUCUUCUUAAAAAUUAGUAUUAGCCUGUAUAUGAGGGAGGCCAAAGAGGAUUGUACAUUGUGUUGCAGAACCAGUGUGGCCUCUCAGUGAGGAUGGGUGGGCUGUCAUCUGCUCUCAGCCCUGUAAUGUGGUGUGGGUUGGCAGGGAGCAAGGCGAUGGCUCACCAUCUGUGUGCCUCUACACACUGCUGUGCUUGCCUAGAUGCCUUAUUGGUAGAGCACAUUCAUGGAGGCGACUGGGAAAUAUGUGGGGUUGGCAAACUAUGGGCAGGAGAGCAGAGCCUUGGCAAGCCCCACAUUCUGUGCUGGAGCUAUGGUGAAGCCAUGGGGUGGGAUGAGGCCUGCAUGUCCCUGUGCCACUGCCCACCACAUGGUUGGCAGGGUGGGAUGAGAGAGCAUGAAAUGUGAUCAGAGUACCUGCUUUGUUUGGGUGUAGUUUUCAGGGGCAGGCUUUAGCUGCACUUCUUUUGAGUCCUUCCUCCUUCCCUUGAUAUAAAGCAGGCAUUAUUCUUGCCCCAAAUUAUUGUUUUUUUAUAUUUAUAUGCUUAGUUGUGCUUGAUUUAUUUAUUUUUUCAUUGACAAAUUUCAUAGAGCAUCAUUUGUUUUUGUCUACACAAAGGAAUGCGCUGAAAAGUGGAGGCUAAUUUUUUUUUUUUUAAAGAAUGCCUUUGUUCUCAUUUGCACUGGAAGAGAUAAUGUAUUAUAGUUGGCUCUUACUGGAAGAGCAACAUGGGGUGUAGGCAGUAGACCUAGAGACAUGAAAGGUCUUGGAUUCAUGUUUGAGUUCUUUCCUUUCAGAUUUAAUGGAUUUGCGGGAGAAUGGAACUAUACACACUUCUUUUUAUAAAGAAGCAUCCUAUGACUUUGCCUUGAACCAGGUCCUCAGGCUAUGCUUGGCUUUGCUUAGGUUUGUAGUAGUAAAGCUCCCAAGUUGGAAGAGCAUCAGGAAGAGCUGGCUGUUUCUUGCAGAGCUUAGAACUGUUUUAUCCUGUUGGAGAUCUGUGUGAGGGCAUGGGGGUUUGGGGGCUUAUUUCCGUCUAGCAUGUUGUUGUAAACCAUAGUAGUGGGUAGAUCAAACCUUCUGUGCCAGGAGUACAUGAGGACAGCACUGCUCAGUUCUUGGGAGCUCUGGUUACUUAAUCUGGAAUGGCAAGAACGCGUAUCAGUACUGUAUUUUUAAGAUAUACUUCCAUAUCCUUACCUCAUCUGUAGGUACCUGUAUGCAAUUCAUAAGCUACGAAUUGGAUCACAUAUGAGAAACAAGGCUCCAGUCGUUUAGAGGAGCAGAGCAUGUGAUGAGGCCAGAUGAGGUUUCUGGACUCCCACGGGGCGUGCUUACCUGGAUGCCAGGUGUCACUGGAAUUGAUAAAAUGCUUUGAAAGGUCUUCCUGAUUAUCUGCUAGGGAUUGUGUCUACGUCAGAGGCUUGAGUUUUGCAAUGCUGCUGGGCGGUACCUUCAAGUACACAUCAGUAGUGCCUCUAUACCAGCCACUGGGUUGCAAGCUUUCCAUCUUGAAGGGGGAAACACUGUCAAGGGGAAGCCUGCAGAUGAAAGACGAGAUCCUUAUACUGUGCCAGCACAUGCUGCUGGCUUCCAGAAGAGAAGGAUUUCUGAUGACUCCGCAGUUCCAGGGCUGAGCAGGAGUUUCCAAGAAGUGCCAGCAUCAUUUACUUCUUCAGCGAAACUGAAGGAUGCGUACAGUAGCACUUCUCAGCAGCUCUGCAGCCUGUGGAGAGUGUGGGUAGUCUGCUUUCAGCAUCCUGGAAACUGCGUGUCCCCUUGAAGAAGUGAUCUGCUGAAAGCACAUACUUACAAGGCAGGCUGGAACAAUAUUUUUGCACUGCUCUCAAGCUCUGAAAUGCCUGGUCUCUAAUACUCCCUGGAAUUUGGAUUUCUAUUGCUAAAGAAACGCUACCUGCUGCGGUUAUCCAGGGAUUCUCAAGCAGCAAGGGAACUGAAGAUGGCUCAGUUUGCUUUUUAUUCAGUUUGGGCUAUUUUGCUGGAAUUAGCAGGGGCAUUUGGUCCUGUACCAAGAAUCACUUGGGAGCACAGAGAGGUCCAACUAAUACAUUUUCAUGAACCUGAAGUGUCAAACUAUUCAACCUUGUUGUUAAGUGAGAACAGAGAUGUUCUAUACGUAGGAGCCAGAGAAGUGAUCUUUGCAUUAAAUGCAAUGAAUAUUGCUGAAAAACAGCAUGUGUUACACUGGAAGGUCACCGAAGAUAAAAAGACUAAAUGUGCAGUCAAGGGCAAAUCAGAACAGACAGAGUGCCGUAACUAUGUGCGUGUCCUCCAACAGCUAAACAACACUUUUCUCUACGUGUGUGGAACUAAUGCAUUUCAGCCAACUUGUGAUUACCUGAAUUUAAUUUUGUUUGAGCUUGGAGGUAAGAAUGAAGAUGGUAAAGGCAGAUGCCCAUUUGAUCCUGCUCAAAGUUACACAUCUGUUAUGGUUGAUGAGGAACUUUAUUCUGGGACUUCUUACAAUUUCUUGGGAAGUGAACCUAUUAUUUCACGGAACUCUCACCAGAGUCCUCUGAGAACAGAAUAUGCAAUACCUUGGCUUAAUGAGCCAAAUUUUGUUUUUGCUGAUGUGGUAAGAGCAGAUCAAAACAGCACAGAUGGAGAAGAUGACAAGAUAUACUUCUUUUUCACCGAGGUGUCUGUGGAGUAUGAGUUCGUUGGAAAACUUAUGAUUCCAAGAAUAGCUAGAGUGUGCAAGAGGGACCAAGGAGGAUUAAGGACUUUGCAGAAAAAAUGGACUUCUUUUCUCAAGGCAAGACUGAUUUGCACCAUCCCUGAUAAGAAUUUAAUUUUCAAUAUUAUCAAUGAUGUUUUUAUUCUGAAGUCUCCAACCUUGAAGGAACCAGUGAUAUAUGGAGUCUUUACCCCACAGCUGAAUAAUGUGGGACUGUCAGCUGUUUGUGCCUACAAUUUGUCUACUGUAGAAGAAGUUUUCUCAAAAGGAAAGUACAUGCAGAGUGCUACAGUAGAACAGUCCCAUACCAAAUGGGUACGGUACAAUGGGGAGAUUCCUAACCCACGACCUGGUGCAUGUAUAAACAAUGAGGCCAGAGCCUUGAACUUCAUGACUUCUCUGAAUUUACCAGACAAAACGUUGCAGUUUGUUAAAGACCAUCCACUAAUGGAUGAUUCGGUGACUCCAGUGGGAGACAGACCCCGCCUUGUAAAGCGAGAUGUGAAGUAUACCCAGAUCGUUGUAGACAGAGUCAGAGCACUCAAUGGUACAAUAUAUGAUGUUAUGUUCAUCAGUACAGAUCAAGGGGCCCUGCACAAAGCUAUCAGCUAUGAAAAUGGAAUGCAUAUUAUUGAAGAAACACAGCUUUUCCCAAACUUCGAGCCAGUCCAAACACUCUUACUCUCAUCCAGAAAAAGCAGAAGAUACCUCUAUGCUGGUUCAAAUUCUGGUGUGGUUCAAUCUCCUGUGGCAUUCUGUGAUAAGUACACCACUUGUUUCGACUGUGUUUUAGCAAGGGAUCCUUACUGUGCUUGGAAACCUCUUGAAGGUUCCUGCGUUGAUAUAUUUCAAGAAAGUGAAACUGAAAGGAAUUGGAUUCAGAACAUAGGUGGAGAUGCAUCUUCUUGUUCUGAUAAAGUAAGAGAGAAUUCCCUACAGCAUACAUUCAAGCAUGGGAGCACAGCAGAGCUCAAGUGUUCUCAAAAGUCCAAUCUGGCACAGGUAGUUUGGAAGUUCAGAGAUGACGUACUGAGAGUGGAGAGUCCCAAAUACCGUCUACUGGAAAAGGCACUGCUUAUCUUCAAUUUAUCAGAGGGAGACAGUGGUGUUUAUCAGUGUCUCUCAGAAGAAAAAGUGAAGAAUAAGAAAUUCUCCCGGGUGUUGGCUAAGCAUGUUUUGGAACUGAAGAAAGUUCAGCAUACUACAGCAAGCCCAACAGUGGCAGCUGCACCAAUAGAAGGUAAUAGUGAUGUACCAAAAGCAGCUGUAUCAACUGAGGGCUCUACUGCUCAAAUCUCAACCACUCAGACUGUACCAGUAACAACAGCGAGGAUAAUAACAAAACCCAUUGGCCCUGUCCUAACAAGCGCAACCUCCAACAUAGAGCUUUUCAAUUCACUUCCUGACACGGUCCCGGAAAAGACAAUGUUUCUGAAGUCAAAUGAUAACUUCCUGUUGAUGUUCCUUUUCCUCUUCUUUUUCAUUCUCUUCUUGUGCCUGCUUUCCUACAAUUGUUACAAAGGGUAUUUGCCAGGGCAGUGCUUGAAAUUACGCUCAAUCAUGUUGCUUGGCAAGAAAAAAGCAAAGUCAGAUUUUUCUGAUUGUGAACAGAGUGUGAAAGAAACCCUGGUGGAGCAAGGCAGCAUCAGCCACCAGAGUGGGGAGCAGCCAAAGCCAGCACACGACACUGGCUAUGAGACGGAGCCGGAUUGUGGGAAUGGGCAACUUCAGGCCAGGGAUGCGCAGAUGCCCAGGGAGGCCAAGGACAAACCUUUUGAUGUAAAGUGUGAGCUCAAGUAUGCUGACUCAGAUGUGGAGGGAGACUGAAGGACGCAACAGUUGGUUUUUGUGUUGGAAAUUAACUGUGGUACUACGGCUAUUUUUGAGCACCAAGAACAUGGUUGUGACCACUGAGCCAUAGGCGAGCUUUACGUGCUUCAGCUAUACAGCAAGCCAAUCACCAGAUACAGAAGCAGUGUUCUCAUCUGCAGACCAUAGCAUCUUGUUUGUUCUGUCAGGUUUUUUUAAAUGGCCAGUUUCAGAUCCCCAUUUGUUUAUUCCCGGUUCUUACCCACAUGUGGAGCACUUCACUCUGGUGAACAGUUGCCCACUCCUUUUUGGCCCUAUUCUUCCUUAGAAUAAAAGUAACUAAUUCAGUUGGCUUUAAAAAGUACUUCAGUCUGCAAAUCUUCUAGCUGCCAUUAAAAAAAGUUCUAGUUUAAUUUGAAUUCCAAAUUGGAAAUUAAGUUUAGUUUAUCAGAUUGGUAAAUUGUAGACUAUUGUCCGAACUAGGACAUUUUUUUCUUUGCUUCUAGAGAUUAUUUUUAGUUUGACACUUUGUGUUUUGGCAUGCUAGAUCUCUUUAUUUGGUUAAUUUCUUUAACUACAUUUUAAGUAUCUUAGAUUUUAAAGAAAAUGGGGAUAUAUAGUUGGCUUGAUUUGUGUAAGACUCUCAGGGAUAAUCUUGUUUUAAGGCUUUUUUUGUCGCUGCUUUCUAGAAAUUUAGGUAACAGUAUCAGUAUAAAACGUGGACUGGAGUAAGAAGGGGAAAGAAUAAAUGAUAGAUUUAGAAACAUUUUAUUUUCUUUAACCAGCAAUCUGGACAUAGUCACAUGUUUGUUUUUUUUUUUUCUGUACACAAUAGGUUUUUUCCACUUUCUUUUGAUUAUUUUUUUCAAUAAAACAGUACAGGCAAGCAGCUGUCACAUCGCCGUGACACUGAGAGAUUAUUUGCACUGUGAAAGCAAAAAAGAAAUUGAGAAGAAUUCCCUGCAGUAACUCAACUUGCAACUCACUGGAAUGGACUGUUAGGAUACAGCCUGAUAAGAAAACAUUGGGGAUGUUUUUUUUUCCUUUUUCAGAUUCAGAAAUAACUUUUUUUGUGACAAAUAUUUGCAGCGUCACCCUUUCUGGAUGACAUCUUCUGAUCUCCUAUGCAACUGGAGACUGAAACUGGAGCUGCUCAGUCAGUCAUUUGAACUGUUCAUGUGAAUCAUGUCUGCAAAAGUGAAAAUGUGCAUUUGUUCUAAGCUUGGUUCACAGCUGUACUGUUUGUCCCUCAAAGCGUUUUGUGUAGUACAGUCCCACAGAGAGUUGUUCCUCUCACUGCAUCUUUCUGUAAAUAUUGCUAGGAGUGCAUUUUUAACAGUAAAUAGCGGUGUGCCUAGGCUGCUUUUCUAUGUUGAACUUUCAUGCAAACUUUAAUUUAGACCAUCUUAGUAUGAGCAGUUUAUAUUUUAUAAGAUUUAGUUUGGUUUUAUUUUUCUAUUUUUAAUUAUGUAUAUAUAACAGAAUAAAUAUUAAAAUAAAUUGUAUUACACUCUGACUUUUA